UCGAACAUUCGUUAAGUUCGAACAUUUUUCCUCGGUCCCUCAAGGUUCGAGUUACAAGAAGUAAACUGUAUUUCUGUUUUUGUUGUAGUCGCCAUUGAUCGUACCUGUAAAUUUUCGCGACCACACCCCAAAUACUGUUGAGUGAAUUCACUAGUCUCAACUAUGAGAAACAUUUCACACGAUGGAAUCAUAAAUUUGAUAGCCUUAGGAGAUCAUACAACGCUGCCAAAAGUAGAAAUUGGUUCUAUUUAUGAUUGACGGACUAUUUCGACUAUGAAAAUCCGGAUUUUCUUUUUAAAUAUUUGUUUUGCUGUUUUCCGAUGGUAACGUUUUUGAUCAUGGUAUUCAACAUAUUUCUCCAUAUUUCUUCUAGAUAACACAAAUUUCAUGAUUUGUUUUCAAAUUCAUCCACAACUCUUUGUGUCCGAUCGGGAAGCAGCAUCCUGUGAACAGUGUUUAAAAGAAAAAUGCAUCACACACGUAUUGACGGUGGACAUUGAAGAGUGUUGUUUUAAAUUAUGCGCGAAACAUGAAAAGUUUGUUGUGGAGAAUGGUGCUAGUGUAAUGGAAAGUGAUAGACAAUGUUUUAUUAAAAAUACUGUGGAGCAUGAACAGUUUAUUGCGGAGAAUGUUGAUACUGUUGAACAUGAGAAACAUAUUGUGGAGAAUGUUGAUACUGUUGAACAUGAGAAGCAUAUUAUGGAGAAUGUGGAUAAGUGUAACCUGAUGGUGGAGAGCCGGCGUAGUGGUUUAGUCACUGCAUAUACUUAUGCUUUAGAUGUGUCAAACUUUAACAUGCUGGAUGUUAUUGCAGUUUGCUUGUCAUAUAUGAAACAAAGUUUAGGCGAACCCGAAAACAAACUGCUUGUGCAUUGCCAUGCUGGACAGUCCCGAAGUGUUGCCAUAGUUACUGCAUAUUUAAUGCACACCCAAUCGUUACCUCUUGACGCUGCUUUAAAGUCUGUCCAAUCAGUACACAGAGAAGCUUUACCUAAUCCUGGUUUUAUGGCUCAGUUGAAAUUAUUUGAACAAAUGGGAUUUCAGAUCAAUAAUACAUGUCCUGCAUACAGACAAUUUAUAACACAACAAAAGAAUUUAGACAAACUAGAUUCGACCUUUCUUAUUGAACAUCUGAUUGGCUGUUUUCAAACUUCUUUAGACCACACUUACCAAACAUUGAAAUGUCGCUUAUGCAGGUCUGACUUAUUCACUUCAUCUGAUGUCCAAACAGGUCAUGACAACUGUACGUCUUGGCAUUUACUGGAGCCAGUUCACUGGAUGGUUGAACGUGUGCAGUCGGAAGUACAGGGGAAGAUAUGCUGCUACAAAUGCUGUGGUAAACUUGGUGCGUACAACUGGGCAGGCAAACAAUGUUCAUGCGGUAAAUGGUUGACGCCGUCCUUUCAAAUACACAAAUGUCGUGUUGACGCCGUUUUAUCAAAUACGAAAAUGCCGUGUUGACGCCGUCAUUUCAAAUACACAAUUGCUGUGUUGACGCCGUUGUUUCAAAUACACAAUUGCCGUGUUAACGCUGUUAUUUCAAAUACACAAUUGCCGUGUUGACGCUGUUAUUUCAAAUAUACAAUUACAGUGUUGACGCUGUCAUUUCAAAUGCCGUAUUAACAUCGUCGUGGUUACGUCAUGGAUUUGAAUUAAGUAUGUCCUUGUGAGAAGUUUCUGAAAACGUUGAUGAUAAAAGAGAGAUGUUUCUGCGUUAAAACUUCUUCAUCAUCAUCAUCAUCAUCACCAAUUUCACUUGUGCGUCCUGUGUUUAUAAAUAAACGCAAUGUCGUCUGGGUAAGCAAGUUUUUUCGACUGGCGGAUAAAGUACAGCAAGUCAACGCGUAAAGUAAAUGGCAGAAAUGUACAAAACUCAUAAACCAACCAGGGUGAAUCUAUCAACAAUUUUGUGACGCUGUAUGAAGCUAACCGUAGGUCUUUCCUAUGAAGAAGAAAAUAGAGUAGUCAAACAUUUUGUAUCUGUUUCUUUAACUUCUAAAAGUUUAAGGUAAAAGGACAAGUCGCGGUACUCAUGAUUAGCUGUGUAUAGCCUUUUAAAUAUAUUUCAUUAUUCCUGAGA